UGCGCCUGAUAAGGGUGGAAAUGGUGCCGCGAGCCUGAGCCUUCCAGUCUAAAUUCAGGGCUGAAUUUGCCCUUUCUCCUGCCUGCGUAUGACAAACAUGGCGGAAAGCGAGUUGAACGUUGACAGCCUAAUCUCCCGUUUACUAGAAGUGCGAGGAUGUCGUCCGGGGAAGAUCGUACAGAUGACGGAGGCCGAGGUACGAGGGCUCUGCAUCAAGUCCAGGGAGAUUUUCCUCAGUCAGCCCAUCCUGCUGGAACUGGAGGCUCCACUCAAAAUCUGUGGUGACAUCCAUGGGCAGUACACAGACUUGCUGAGGCUAUUUGAGUAUGGAGGUUUUCCGCCAGAGGCCAACUAUCUGUUCCUGGGCGAUUACGUUGACAGAGGGAAACAGUCGCUGGAGACGAUCUGCCUGCUGCUCGCCUACAAGAUCAAAUACCCAGAAAAUUUCUUCUUGCUCAGGGGGAACCAUGAGUGCGCCUCCAUCAACCGCAUCUAUGGCUUCUAUGAUGAAUGCAAGCGAAGGUUCAACAUAAAACUCUGGAAGACCUUCACAGACUGUUUUAAUUGCCUGCCUAUUGCUGCAAUUAUUGAUGAGAAGAUCUUCUGCUGCCAUGGAGGGCUGUCACCUGAUCUGCAGUCCAUGGAACAGAUUCGACGCAUAAUGAGACCCACUGACGUCCCAGACACAGGUUUGCUGUGUGACCUGCUGUGGUCAGACCCAGACAAAGAUGUUCAGGGCUGGGGAGAGAACGAUCGGGGAGUGUCGUUCACCUUUGGGGCCGACGUGGUCAGCAAGUUCCUGAACCGCCACGACCUGGAUCUCAUCUGCCGAGCACAUCAGGUUGUGGAAGACGGCUAUGAGUUCUUUGCCAAGCGACAGCUUGUGACGCUGUUUUCUGCCCCCAACUACUGCGGGGAGUUUGACAACGCGGGCGGCAUGAUGAGUGUGGACGAGUCUCUCAUGUGCUCCUUUCAGAUUCUGAAGCCAUCGGAGAAAAAAGCAAAGUACCAGUAUGGAGGAGUGAAUUCGGGACGCCCCGUCACGCCUCCUCGCACCGCUCAGGCUCCCAAAAAGAGGUGAACAUUUGGUCCGGACUCUCCUGCUCUCACCCUGGGUGGUCUCUGGCCCUUGUCCCUGCAGGCUGCCUCAAACACUCCAGCCCUCUCUCAGUAAGCUUGUCCAUAUAUAAACACAACCUGCUGGAGUGUUUUUCUUGCUUGUUCUGUGAGUAUUUUUA